UGUUUCCAGAAAGUGGACUAUCCCUAAGCCAUGAAGCAUUAUACAGAAGCCAUCAAACACAACCCAAAAGAUGCCAAGUUGUACAGCAAUCAAGCAGCCUGUUACACCAAACUCCUGGAGUUUCAGCUGGCACUCAAGGACUGUGAAGAGUAUAUUCAGCUAGAGCCAACCUUCAUCAAGGGUUAUACAUGGAAAGCAGCUGCCCUAGAAGCAAUGAAGGACUACACAAAAGUGAUGGAUGUCUACCAGAAGGCACUACAGCUGGUCUCCAGCUGUAAGGAGGCAGCAGAUGGAUACCAGUGCUGUAUGAUGGCCCAGUACAACCGACACGACAACCCCAAAGAUGUGAAGAAACAGGCCAUGGCUGACCUGGAGGUGCAGCAGAUCAUGAAUGACCCAGACAUGCAGCUCAUUCUGGAACAGAUGCAGAAGGACCCUUAGGCACUGAACAAACACUUAAAGAAUCCUAUUAUAGCACACAAGAUCCAGAAGCUGAUGAAUGUGGGUCUGAUUGCAAUUUGGUGAUGACUCCCUCAUCAUCCCCCUUCCCUUUGCCCUCGUGUGGAAAGAUGUGCUGGGACUGUGGCGAGCAGCACAGCACGGAGCCAGAAGGGAGAGGAGGGGAAAAGCAAACAACUUAUCUCUAUAUAUUUAUACAGACCUGUGUGGAAGAUAGAGAACUGUAUCCAUGUUACUCUACAGCUGCUGCCUCUGGGACCUCCCAGCACACGCAUGGUCUCUCCUGCUGUCCUUGAGUUUCAUGUCUCUGUCCCCUGUCCCCAGUCACUGUCUCAGCUGCUCUCCCA